AUGACUCCUUACGACCUUAAUUUCGUCGACGAAGUGGAGUGGUUACUGCGCCCCAUAGGCGACCCCGCCUACAGAUCGCUGUUCGUCGAAACUGUGAUGGUAAUCGCUGUCAUUCUCGAGCGAAACUGUGAAUUGUCUUUCAAAGAUACAGUUGAUAUAAAUAUGGUCAUGCAGGACGCCGCAAAUGCUUUCGCUCAGGAUCGCAACCGCAACCAGUCUGAUCAUGCAGCGGACAAGUAG